AUGGCCUCCAUAAUCGACUCCAUCACAUCAGGCUCAGAGCCUACUCAAGGCGACCCCAACAUCUCCUGGCCAAUGGAGCGAAUCACGCACCCAACCCCAGCCCAAGAAUGGCAUCCAUCCUCCCUUGUUCCAGGCCGACGCGAUAGCACCCCCUCCGAAGAAUCCGAGGACAGCUCCGCAGACCGAGACACCCACCCCUCAAAUUACCCAAAAGGCUCGAAAUCGCUAUCAGGAAUUUCCCUGCGCGCAUUUUUUAUCGGCACGUCCCUCGGUAUUACAAUCAUGACAACCGUCCUCCUAAGCAUCGUCUUUCCCACGCCUCUCUGGCGCGUCCCGUUCUUCGUCGCCUCACUCAGUGUUUUCCAUUUCCUCGAGUUCUACACCACGGCUACCUAUAACACGCGCGCCGCGGACGUGAAUGCUUUUCUUCUGUCCAGUAAUGGGUGGGCCUAUAAUGUCGCACAUGGUUCCGCUAUCGUGGAAUGUAUCGUAUCGCACGUGUUCUGGCCUGGACAAUCUACGCUGGGCAAAUUAUUUUAUGUGAAGGAGCCUGUGUUGGGGACAUCUAUUCCGCUACUUUUGGUUGUUGGAUUGCUGCUCAUGGCGGUUGGCCAGUUGAUUAGGUCAUUUGCCAUGGCGCAGGCGGCUAGUAAUUUCAAUCACCACGUGCAAUCGGAGCAUAGGGAGGGACAUAUGCUUGUUACGCAUGGGUUAUAUCGGUUUUUGCGGCAUCCAAGCUACUUUGGGUUCUUUUGGUGGGGGUUGGGGACUCAAUUGGUGCUUGGGAAUGUAGUGUGCUUUUUUGCGUACUCGUUGGUGUUGUGGAAGUUCUUUUCGACGAGAAUUAAGCGCGAGGAGAGAUUUUUGAUUCAGUUCUUCGGUGCUGAGUAUGUCCACUACAGGCAAUCGACUCCGGUUGGAAUUCCCUUGAUUCGUUGA